AUGGAUCAUAUAGACGGUUUUCAAACGACGGAUUCUUUUCGGUUUGAUCGUAAUACAUCAUCAUCAUCUACGUCGUUAUCUACAUCAUCCGGUUAUGGUUCCCGAUUAAGUUUAUCUCAAACAGAUCAUUCAUUGUCAUCAUCAGUUGCACGUCGAAAUGGUAUAGCAAAAUAUUUUAAAGAGAAAUUAUCGAAACAUAAAAGUUUAGCGUCAUUGUUAUUAUCACCAAAAACAGACAUGGAUAUUCCAAAGGAAACCGAAAUCUAUGAAAGUGUAUGGAAUUUAGAUGAACAAAUCGAUAAAAUACGUUCGAAAAUUAAUAAACAAAUUCAUUCCGAUUCUCAAUCGAUUAUUUCAAUGUCAGUUGAUGAUCCGGAACAAAUAAAUAGACAAACUCAUGUCAAUAAUGAUGAAGAAUUAUUGGCAGCUGCUGCGUGGUAUCAAGAAGGCUUACCGAGAAAUAUUUGUGAAGAAUAUUUAAAUGAUCAUAUGAAGCCAAUAGGCACAUUUAUUAUUCGACGUAGUUAUACAUUUCGUGAAUAUCCUUUUGUUUUGUCAGUUAAAACGAAAUUAUCAUCUGUUGAACAUUAUCUUAUUGAACGAACUAUGGAUAAUCACGGCUACCGUUUAAAGAGCUCUUCAAAAACAUUUGGCAAUUUAAGUACACUUGUUCUUCAUCAUACAAUUAUGCCAGAUAUUCUUCCGAUCACACUUGUAUUGCCAUUGAUUCAUUCAACAUUGACACGUUCGAAUCAUACUAAUCGACCACGACCAUUAUCACAUGUUAUUCGUUCUGUACGAUUCUAG